UGCAGCACAUAUAUUAAAGCUUUAAAGAAGUGUUGUAAAAUAAGUAGAUAAAAUAGAUUUGAGAAACACAACAGGGAGAAAACAGCGUUACAGCGCCAUCUGCUGUUCAGUAUCGCCGCUGUGUGACGUCACGUCAUCAUGGCGCGACACAGGCUGUCUUUAAACAGUAUGUUUAGGAUUAUUCAGGGCUUAAAAAGAAGUCAGCGAUUCACUAUAAACAGUUUUUGCGAUUAUACUAACGACUCCCAUUCACAUGUGAUACACGACAGACAAAAUCAGCGUUUUACGAUCAACAUUAAUGACAGCGAUGGAGGAGUGAGCAGUGCUGUACUGAAAUACACAUUCAGAGAUGACAAACACGUGGAGCUGACAUCUACAGAGGUUCCUGAAUCACACAGGGGUAAAGGUGUCGCAGCUCACCUGGCCAAGGCUGCUCUGGACUUUGUUGUUGAAGAACAUUUGAAAGCAAGGAUAUCCUGCUGGUACAUCCGGAAAUAUGUAGAUGAAAAUCCUCAUCUGGAAUACCAAGCUUACAUUGAAAAUUAAUUCAACCCAGAACGCCUCAACUUGAUCCUAAAUCGAUUAUAUAUAAAUAUACUAAAUUAUUAAGUUUGAAAGAGUUUGCUUUCUAUUAAGUUAAUUUUAGUAAACAUUUUAUUUGAUGGUAACUUCCGGACCCUCAUCGCCCAACAACAACUUCCUGACAUUACUCUUGCAGAAAACACAGAUGUCUAUUAGUGAGCAAUACAAAAAAUGCAAUGUAGAAGUUAAUUCCUCUUAAACUGAGCUUUUAUAAGUCAUCUAGUGAAGACAUCCAGUAUGUCUCAUAUCGCAAUAUACAUCACAGGAAAACAUAACGUUCCAAUGUAAGUUUUCCCCCACUACCGUGCAGGCCUACUCUGUGCCGGCUCUCCUAUAUUUGCAGGUGACUAAGUGAAUAAAUGCAAGUAUGAAGAAACUGUAUAUAAUAA